AUGUCCAACUUCCUCACGCAUCCCUGCCUGGAGACCAUCGAAGCAUCCUUGAUUAUCGGAAAUGUCCUGUCAUAUAACAUGAAUCCCGGAGUGGCCUACAUCUUCCUCGGCAUGACGCUUCGUAUGGCAUUCUCGAUCGGCUUGCAAAUCAAUUCGCACAAUUUCCCAGAUGCAGAAAAAUGGACACGCCAUCGGAUCUGGUGGGCACUGGCGUGGCAGGACUCACAUUUUGCCGUCAGUUACGAUCGGCCGACCUCGAGCGUUUUGUGCAUGCCAGACAUCCCCUAUGCAAAGUUCAGCACUCCAGGAGAUCGAAGUUAUGCAGAGACCAUGUUUGGCAUCAUUCGAUUGACUCAGGAAAUUGUGCGAGAACGUCUCCUCCAUCCUCGCUCGUACAUGACGUGGGAGAGGAUUCGCAAAUAUACCCAGGAGAUUUCCGACAUUUGUUCGCAGGGUGCCGUGCAUCUUCGGGAGGCUAGCCAAUGUCAUACAAUGCCUCAGCAUCUCGAACGUCUGGCUCUGAGGAUUCACUGUGCGUACCUCACGAGCGAGUUGUGUCGGCCAGCUAUGAAGGAACCGCCUCCGUCGACGGCAGAAGGUGCCAACUCGUCCAACUUGACCCCGACCCAGUCUCCGCCAGGGGGCCGUCGGAAGACACCCCACCAUUCGGGACAAUCGCCUGGUUCGGCUCCCCUUGAUCCAACCACUCGAGCACAAUUUCGACGGCAGUGUGUUGACAAUCUGGAAGCGACCGUUGCGUCAUAUGUCGAAUUACACAAGACCAACCGGUUCGCUUCACGGUCGUGGAUCGUUCUGCAACGUGCAAUCUCUGCCGCCUUUCUGCUAGGUACUCUACCGGAAACAGGACAUGAUUCGACCAGAUUAUCGCUCCUGCGUGAUCUUGAGCAAGUCAUUGCCGAACGGAUAUCGGAGGAUGUUGCUUUCGAUAUUCCAACACAGGAAGGCACCGCGCAACCAGCUGUUUCAGGAGCCGAGUCACCUCUCGCUGAUCCACCAAACUGGGCUCGGAGUAUGGCGAAGUCGUUGAACGCGCUGGGGAAAUUGAAUGCCGCGCUCGCAGGACCGAAACCGCCGCCGAACCCUCAAGGCUCCGCCGCAUAUGUAUCCACCAUGAACGGCCAGACCGGUCCGAUAAAUGGAAGUGGAAGUGGAAGUGCGUUUACGGGAGUGCAAACAAUGGCCGCCGCCGCACCCGCGGCUACCACCACAACGACAACAGCAAGUCCUACGCAAGGACAGGGACAGGGACAAGGACAAGGCAGUUCACGGUCUCAGUAUCCCACCUUGACAAGCCUGAAACAGGAACCAUUCUCGCCAGCUCUAGGCACGAGUGCGAUCCUGAGCGCUGGUGCCGGAAUGGGUCCAAUCACCCCUGACAGCACCGCGUCCUCGAGUGAUUGGAAUUACGGCAACAUGCACGAAAGAGCGGCGGAGUAUAUUCAGGCGCCGCUGUGGGGGGACAGCAACCUGAACGGAUUUGCAGGCUAG